AUGGCGCAUUUCAACAAUUUCGGUUGUUAUUUAAUUGAAGUCAAUUUAGAUGAUCAGAGUCUAUUUAGGUUGGUGCUGGCACUCGCCAACGGGAUCUCUCCUUCAUUGGGCUCAUUGGUGACUUUCAGACAACACGAAUUGCACUCGCUGAUGCACUUCUCGGCGCAUUUGCACUUGCACACGAAUAUGGGUCACGGGAUUGCACACCUGUGCAAAGGUAACGUGAAUGAGAAGAAAGAAAAGACUUGA